UCAUCCCUACAGGAUCAAUGGAGAGACGAUCAGAGCCAAGAUCCAGAAGACCUGUGACUCCGAUGAAGAACAGGAAGUGAAGACAGACAGAAAGGGAGAAAAUAUGGCGACACUGAAAAGGAUCCUCUUCAGAACUUUAGAACAUUUGGGGGAUGAUGACUUUGAUGAAUUCAAGUGGCGCCUGCAGGGGAAGGUCCUAGGAUUCAAAGGAAUCCCAAAGAGUCGACUAGAGGAUGCAGAUCGGACGCAAACUGUGGACCAGAUGUUUCCGAACUACUGCAUUAACAUUAUUAAAGUGACCAAAAAUGUUUUGAAGGAGAUGAAUCAGAAUCUUCUGGAGGAGAAAUUAUCAAAAAUCUCAUCAGAACCGACAGAGAUUCUUAUUCAGUGCCAAGGGAACCUCAAAUCCAACCUGAAGAAACAAAAUGACAAAAUCCUAGAAAAUGCAAGACCUCUAAAUGAAAUCUACACGGAGAUCUACAUCACCAGAGAGGUCAGACAGAUCGAACAAGCAUCCAGUAAACCAGACAGAUCAGAAACAAUCAUCAGACAAGAAGACCUCUUUAAAGGCUCAAGUGAAAGAGGUAAACCAAUCAGAGCAGUGAUGACAAAAGGAGUGGCUGGCAUUGGGAAAACAGUCUUAACACAGAAGUUCACUCUGGACUGGGCUGAAGGCAAAGCCAACCGGGACAUACUGUUCAUAUUUCCAUUCACCUUCAGAGAGCUGAAUGUGGUGAGAGAGAACAAGUACAGCUUGGUGGAACUUGUUCAUCACUUCUUCUCUGAAACCAGAGACGCAGGAAUCUGCAGGUUUGAUCAGUUCCCGGUCGUGUUCAUCUUUGACGGUCUGGAUGAGUGUCGACUUCCUCUGGACUUCCACAACAAUGACAUCCUGACUGACGUCACAGAGUCCACCUCAGUGGAUGUGCUGCUGACAAACCUCAUCAGGGGGAAGCUGCUUCCCUCUGCUCGCCUCUGGAUAACCACACGACCUGCAGCAGCCAAUCAGAUCACUGAGUUUGUGGACAUGGUGACAGAGGUCCGAGGGUUCACUGACCCACAGAAGGAGGAUUACUUCAGGAAGAGAUUCAGAGAUCAGGAGCAGGCCGGCACCAUCAUCUCCCACAUCAAGACCUCACGAAGCCUCCACAUCAUGUGCCACAUCCCAGUCUUCUGCAGGAUCUCUGCUUCAGUUCUGGAGGGGGUGUUGAAAACCAGAGAGGGAGGAGAGCUGCCCAAUACCCUGACUGAGAUGUACAUCCACUUCCUGGUGGUUCAGUCCAAAGUGAGCGUCAAGUAUGAUGGAGGAGCUGAGACGGAUCCACACUGGAGUCCAGAGAGCAGGGAGAUGAUGAUGGAGGCUCUGGGAAAACUGGCCUUUGAGCAGCUGCUGAAAGGCAACCUGAUCUUCUAUGAUCACGACCUGACAGACUGUGACAUCGAUAUCAGAGCAGCCUCAGUGUACUCAGGAGUGUUGACACAGGUCUUUAGAGAGGUGAGAGGAACGUACAAGAACACUGUGUUCUGCUUCAUCCAUCUGAGCGUUCAGGAGUUUCUGGCUGCUCUUCAUGUCCAUCUGACCUUCAUCAACUCUGGAGUCAACCUGCUGGCAGAAGAAUCAACAACCUCCAGGCUGCUUAAAGUGUUCAGACCAAAACCCACACUAACACAUCUCUAUCAGAGUGCUGUGGACCAGGCCUUACAGAGUCCAAACGGACACCUGGACUUGUUCCUGCGCUUCCUUCUGGGUCUUUCACUGCAGACCAAUCAGAAACUCCUACAUGGCCUGCUGAAAGAAACAGGAAGUAGCUCAGAGAUCAACCAGAAAACAGUUGAGUACAUCAAGAAGAAGAUAAGAAAGAACCCGUCUCCGGAGAGAAGCAUCAACCUGUUCCACUGUCUGAAUGAACUGAAUGAUCGUUCUCUAGAGGAGCAGAUCCAACAGUCCCUGAGUUCAGGAAGUCUCUCCACAGAUAAUCUGUCUCCUGCUCAGCGGUCAGCUCUGGUCUUCAAUGCCUCCAGGAAAGCUCUGCUGAGUGGCUCUAUCAGCACAGACACACAGCUGCUGCCCAGCCGCAGCACAGACACACAGCUGCUGCCCAGCCGCAGCACAGACACACAGCUUCUAUACCUGGGUAUACCCGCAAGCUCCGUUCCAGCCGAGAGG